CGCUCUCCUGUCUUUCUGCUUUGCUUCUUUUGUUACGUUGCGACCACGUUGGUUUUUGGUUUAUAGUCCAUUAGGUGUUUUACUGUUUUUUCAAUCAUGAGUCACGUCCUAAUAAGAUGGCUAAAUACGGGCAGGACCCGCCUUUUUGACGUUGUGAGCAUAAGGGACAUCGUUGACACAAAAAUCGGGGCGCUUAUAAUUCACAAUAGCAAAGAUCCAAGCGUGUUUGCAACCGACGUACUGAUACGUUGGAAGGGCGAGAAACACCCGGCAAGGAUCGAGGCUGUCGGGAGCGCCGCACAAAUGGAAAAGCGGUGUCAGCAAUUAACGAAAAACAAGGAGGUGAAAGAAGCGUCUUCUAAUGGGGCGUCGGAAGACGGCGACCAGUUGGAAACUUGCAAGCACUGCGAAGUACUGGAGGUAGAGAACAACUCAUUGAAGAGUCACAUGCAGGAGCUUCAGGAAGAGAACAACAAACUGAAGACUACCAUCGACUACAUAACCUCACAAAAGGAUGGGAUUGAAGGUGUAAGAUAUACCCUUUAG